AUGAAGCCACACAUCGAAAACGGAAACACAUCAGGCCCGAAUUUCAGCGACGGUGAAGAAGCUGAAAAUAUGUCAUGGAGUUUGUCGAUCACAAAUGUGCCGAACGACGUUUAUGACGAUCAAACUACGAAGGUAAGCAGUUUUUCAUUGGGAAAUAGUUUGCUUAAACUUUUGUUAUUGCUGUUAUUGAAACUAAUGGCUUUAAACGUUUUUGAAUCUUACGCUUUAUACUUACAUGUGUUUGUAAGUAAAUUUUUAAAACAGCUGCUAGUAAGCUUUCUAGGUCGAAUCAGUCAGGGUUGUCAUUAAGAGCCGGGGGCCGGGGAUUUUUCCCGGCUACUAAGAGAGUGGACCCUGGCUACUUUUAUUGGAAAAUAGAACAAAAAUAGAACCAAAAGAAAUCCCUAGCCGUUUGAUUCCUCGCCUACUUGUUGUAUUUACCCGCCAACUUGAAAUCUUAGUGACAACCCUGGAAUCUCCUGGGAAAAUGGAAAUAGGUUCGAACAGUCGGGAAGUUCAGUAAAAAUUAUGAUCGAAAUUUGCAACUUCAGAAUCCCCGGCCACCUUGAAGCGAUAUGGUCAAAUGGAAGCUUCAACACUCUCCCCUUGACAACUUUUCCUUCCCUGGUUGUUGGGGGUUUUGAUCCCCAAGCCUAAGGGGUGGGGAAGUUGAACUGUAGCCACAAUUUCUUUCACCAUACAGAGGCUUUCAAAGGGNGAAGCCACACAUCGAAAACGGAAACACAUCAGGCCCGAAUUUCAGCGACGGUGAAGAAGCUGAAAAUAUGUCAUGGAGUUUGUCGAUCACAAAUGUGCCGAACGACGUUUAUGACGAUCAAACUACGAAGGUAAGCAGUUUUUCAUUGGGAAAUAGUUUGCUUAAACUUUUGUUAUUGCUGUUAUUGAAACUAAUGGCUUUAAACGUUUUUGAAUCUUACGCUUUAUACUUACAUGUGUUUGUAAGUAAAUUUUUAAAACAGCUGCUAGUAAGCUUUCUAGGUCGAAUCAGUCAGGGUUGUCAUUAAGAGCCGGGGGCCGGGGAUUUUUCCCGGCUACUAAGAGAGUGGACCCUGGCUACUUUUAUUGGAAAAUAGAACAAAAAUAGAACCAAAAGAAAUCCCUAGCCGUUUGAUUCCUCGCCUACUUGUUGUAUUUACCCGCCAACUUGAAAUCUUAGUGACAACCCUGGAAUCUCCUGGGAAAAUGGAAAUAGGUUCGAACAGUCGGGAAGUUCAGUAAAAAUUAUGAUCGAAAUUUGCAACUUCAGAAUCCCCGGCCACCUUGAAGCGAUAUGGUCAAAUGGAAGCUUCAACACUCUCCCCUUGACAACUUUUCCUUCCCUGGUUGUUGGGGGUUUUGAUCCCCAAGCCUAAGGGGUGGGGAAGUUGAACUGUAGCCACAAUUUCUUUCACCAUACAGAGGCUUUCAAAGGGAAAGAUAAGAUUGUAGGUUCUUGGCUGAUUGGUUGCGAAGCAAAGGUCUACACAAGCUUUGCAUUGAAUAUUUGGAAGAUAUUAAAAAUGUUUUUUUUUUGUUUUUGUGAUUGUUGUUUUGGAUAUGAAUAUAUUAAGUAGCAUAAUAAUAAUACAGGUGAUUAAUAAUAAUUGCUUAAAAAUUAAUAAAGGUAAAUAAGUAAUAAAAUAAUAAAUUAUUAUUACCUUGACUGGCUGUAUGUAAUGUCUAUUUAUUAAAUUCAGCCACUUUACACAAGAGUUUUAUUUGUAUUGACAUACCGUAAAAUUCCGAAAAUAAGCCCUGGGGCUUAUAUUUUUCAAAGGCUCUUUUUGAGGGGCUUAUUUUUGGAGGGGCUUAUAUUUGGAGGGGCUUAUCUACGGAGGGAAAUUUGCAUUUCAAGAUCGAUUGGGCUAGCCUUAUAGUUGGAAAUAAAUUUACCGUUUUUUCUUUGUUUUACAUUGUAUUUGAGGGCAAUUUUCCAAGUACAAGCCCCCGGGGGGCUUAUAUUUUGGAGGGGUGAUUUAACGGAGGGUUUUUUGCGUUACCAGAUUGGGGGGCUUAUAUUUGGAGGGGCUUAUACAUGGAGGGGCGUAUUUUCGGAAUUUUACGGUAUGCCACAGUGUUUCUAAGUUUUAUUUGUACUGGAUGUGAAUCAUUUGCUGUAUUCAUAAAGUUGUUGUUCAACAGCUGAAGGCAGGAAAAAUGCUAUUUCUAUGCUAUGAAGGAAGUCUAAAUUAGUUAAAUUUUUAAAUAAAUACAAAACAUCAACAUAAGAAGAACCUGAAAAGGUGACAGAACUUAACAAAAGACUAAUUUACAUUUUUGUUCAUAGUUGGUUAUAAUUAGAGUUUCCUGUGGCGGAAGACUUAUUCUGUUCAUCUGUUCUGUUACAGUGGUUGUUGGUCACUGAGUACACCAGUGUCUCAUCUACUUACCGUAAUCUUGAUGAUUUUGCUUUGUUUUACUUUUCAGGAAUUAUUUGAAAAACUGUUCUCUCCUUAUGGAGGUAAAAACGACAGAAGCUUCAUUUACCUGCGAACUUUUCACAGAGUACGAGUAACAUUUGACAACGAAGAGAAAGCCAGGGAAGCCAAGAAAGAUCUUCAUGGACAACUUUUCUUGGGUUAUGAACUUGGGGUCUUUUUU